GAUCCUCUAGUUCAUUUCAAAGCGACUUUGAGGGCUCCAAAUGAGCCAUGUUCGACAGGUCCGUUAUCAUAAGCCGAAGUGGCUUCGUCAUUUUGUGCCUUAUUUUUCCUGCCCUCUGUACUUUUGAGCAAAUUAUCACCAAAGAUCAACCGACGUACCUGAUUACGGCGCCGAGGCAGGUGUACCCAACGAUGAUUUACAAUGUGGCGGCGUUCGUCUUUGACAAUCGUGUGGAUGCAAUCACAGUGAGGGCAGCCGUUAUCGUCGAUAAUCGGGAGCUGGUUUUCGCGGUGGAUACAGCUCUGCCACUCGCACCUCUUACGAUUCCCUUGCAGAUCCCAAUCGCUGCCUCCCGGGGAAAUUACUCCCUUAAUGUUCGCGGAUCUGACGAACGUAAUAGACUCAUCUUUACAGAGUCCUCAAUCUUGGUAUUCUCACCAAAGUUCCUCUCAGUCUCCAUUCAAACAAGUCGGCCUAUCUAUUGCUCAGGGCAAACUGUUUACUUUCGACUACUAAUACUACAAUCAGAUUUAUUACCUUAUGAUGGUGCUGUCGACAUUUUUGUUUUGGAUUCUGAGGAAACUAUUAUUAAAAGAUGGGUGUCACUGUACACAAACAAUGGAGUUGCAAGUUUAAGCUUCACACUGCCUACCCUAGUCAAAUCAGGUUAUUGGAAAAUACGAACCAAAAUACACGAUCAAAUAGAUGAGCAAAGGAUCAAAGUUGAACUUUACUAUCAGCCUUUGUUUGAGGUCCUUGUAGAAUUGCCGCCUUUUGUCAAAGAUUCAGAAGAGGAAAUAAAGGGUACUGUUUAUGGAAUGUACUCAUCUCAAGAACUUAUCCAUGCCAAUGCUACAAUUGAAUGGUAUGGGCUUACACUUGAAAAUGAUACAGCACCAGCCCUCCUCUUUUCUGAGUAUACAUUUUUUAAAGGGAAAAAACAAGACGUUGCUUUGCCAAUGAAAAUAAUUACUGAGGUUUUUGGCGACUUAAAAAAUGUACUGAUAGAACUAAAAGUAAAAAUGACAGAGCUGCUGAAGCUGAAAACUAACUCCGGGUUCUGCCAAACUCGACUCACAGCAAGCCAAAUUAAACUGAACAUCCUCUCAUCGACUUUACCUUACUUCACUCCUGGCAUGUUAUACAGAGGCCAUGUAAUAUUGUUCUACGAGAAUCAUGAGCAAGUGCCUUCAGACAUAUUGGAGUCAUCGAAUUUGAUAAUUCAAGCUUCAGCAGACGGAUCCACAAUCUAUGAACAUCAGUUCCAGCCGGGUUCGGAUUCAUUUGACUCCUAUGAAAAUUUUACACUCUUGGAAAUGAUCAAAACUAAAUACUUGGAGGAGGGAACCAUGGACUUUGAAUUCAUCAUUCCACUCAAUGCAAAUCAUUUGGAGAUAAUUGCAAAAUACACAGAUGAAUCCAAAGAACAAGUUGAAGCAAAAAUCAAGGCAAAGAAACAACAGUCUGCAUCAGAUCCUCUAAUUUAUGUGUGGACAACGACAGAAAAUGCAGUUGUUGGAGAUUUUGCUAUAUUUCAUGUCAAGAGCAAUUUCAGGAUGAGCAACUUUAAGAGUUUAAUUGUGUCCAAAGGAAGCAUACUCCGAGUAGCAGAGCAUGAAGCCAAUGAUAUCCACCCCACAGUUACAACGAUAGCAAUACCACUGUCACCUGAUAUGGCUCCAGUUUUCCAGCUUGUGGUCUUUACAAAGACACAAAAUGGGUACAUCGUAGCCGAUGGUUUAAUGAUGCCAGUGGAUGGAUUUGAUAGAUAUGAGAUGUCACUGGAGGUUAAUCUAGGUAAAGAUGUUAGAGGAGAAAGAGUUGAAAUUCGAAUAAGCGGAGAUGAAGGUGCAUACAUUGCCUUUCAAGCACAACGAUCAAUGGCUUAUCAUAUGCAUGCUGGAAACGAAAUCACAAAGUCAAGGGUCUCUGACAGUUUUUUAACGUUUGAUAAUUCCUCCAGAUUGUUGAACAAGAUAAGUUGGCGAACAGAGGAAGGUUUAAAAAGUGUUUACUUUACCAGCAAGCUUACAAGUGACAAUGCAAAGAACGUUUUUGAUUUAUCUGGCAUUGUUGUAAUUACAGAUGCUAUUUUUAACGGAGGAUCCCGUUUGGAUGAAUGCGGUUCAGCUUGUAAUUUGCUCGAAUGUGCGUUACCAUGUUCCCUAUCUGGAUGUUACUCUGUGGGUCAAAGAUGCGACCAAACGGAUGAUUGCCCAGAUGGCUCAGAUGAAACUAAUUGUUUUUAUUCAAAUUUCAAUGAUUAUGAGUACCAAGUUUCCCGCAUGAGUCGCAAUAUUUUCUUGUAUGAUGAGGUCGAUGGUGAUUGGAGUCGGAGAGAAAUAAAGAAAAAUGAUCAUGAGGGGGUUGAGUUUGAGUCAUUGACGUCACCUAAAACAGUCGAUGACUGGUACUUCGUUGGUUUCAGCAUGAGCAACCGUUUUGGAUUUAGCAUUUUUGCACCUACGCAGUUCUCCAGCAAAAAACCAUUAAUAGCAUCAGUCAACGGACCGAAACUGUGCAGAAGAGGGGAGCAGGUUGGAUUACAAGUUUACCUUCGCAACACUGAAGAUUUUGAAAUGUUUGUGACAAUUACUGUGCUGGAGUCUGCCGAUUACAAAUUCGUACACGUUGAGCAAAACGGAAUUGUGUCCAGCUAUGGAGCACGACUCACUGCGGGACAACAUCAAAUCCUGAUUUAUCUGCUGCCUCAAACUCAGGAGCAUGUCGAUGUUCCUAUAGCUCCAUCUGUGGAACAAGGGGAGGUCGAAAUUGAAAUGACUGCUUCUACACAGGCUGGUUUCAAGAGGCUCUCCCACAAAAUAUUGGUCUUGCCAGAGGGAGGCAUUGUUAAACGACACACUUCUACACUACUUGACUUGAAAAGCAGAGCUUUGGUGUUGCAAUACCUAAACAUAGAGGUGGAAGAAUCCCCGGUUGUGCCAUAUGAGCAGUGGCGAAGAUACAUUUAUGGAAGUCCAAAAGCAUCGUUAACUUUUUCAAGUUUGAUCAUUGGUCCCGGUUCGUCGGAAAUUCCCCGCACCCUUCGAUCAGUCUUAGAAAGAGAGGGUAAAGGGGCUGAGACAAGUUUGUUCGAACUAUCUGUUAAUGUUUGGACUUUGCAUUACCUUCGUUUGACAAAUCAAUUGGAGCAUGAUGUCCUGAAAGAGACUUUAGCAAAAUGCAGCACCUUGUUUGGGGAAGUCAUGUAUUUCUAUCGCGAUGACGGGAGCUUUUCAAACUGGAAUACGUCCACUCCAAGUGUUUGGUUAACAUCGUGGGCACUUCGAACUUUCAAGCACAGCAGCUAUGUUGACUGGGAAUACCUGUUUUACAUUGAACCAAGAUUAUUUAACAAAACCCUGAGCUGGUUAUUAAAAUUUCAGAGGAAUGAUGGAAGCUUCGCUGAAUUUAGUGGGGGAGAGAUCACAGUCAACCCGCAUCUUGACAUGUCCAUGAACGUGCAGAAUGAAUCCUCCAUCGUUUUGACUGCUCAUGUUUUAAUCACCUUGAUAGAAGUGAUCAGCAUGGUUGACAGUGAUGUAAGAUCAUCGGCCUUCAUUGCUCAAUUACGUGCAAGGUCCUUCCUGGAAAAAACGUUGACAUCCCUCAGCGAUUCUUACGUUACAGCAAUCACUAGUUAUGCACUUUUUGUGGCGGAAAGCCCAGAAAGGGACUUAGCUUACCAAAUUCUGUGUUCAAAAGAGUUUCGAAAUAAUGAUGGAUUGGAAUACUGGUCAAGGGAUGAAAUACCUGGCAACCCAAUCAAACUAGAAAAUCAAAGACCAUUCAUGGGGCCAAAAAGGUAUCAUGAGCACGAUUCUCUGGCAGUUGAAGCUACAUCUUGGGCUUUACUUGUGUUUCUGCUGCGAGAUGGCAUCACUGAUAAAGUAGAGAGAAUUGUUCAGUGGUUGAAUUCUGUUCGAAUGACAUCCUCUGGUUUUGUUUCUACUUUUGACACAGUGAUUGCACUCCAAGCAUUAACUGAGUAUGCUUUUCGUUCAAGAAUACUGGAAUUGACAAAUGUGAAUAUUUUAGUAACAGUGCCGACAUCAAAUGAGAAGAAACACCGCUUUCACUUGGGAAAUUCGUCUACGAACAAAUACAAUUCUAUACCCAUCAACAGCGUAUGGGGUCAUGUGAAUAUAGAAGCAAGAGGGUCAGGACUGGUGUUGGCUCAAAUGGAUGUAUCAUAUAACGUAGAUUAUGACCCGCUAAAGGAUACUCCCUCUCAAAAGAUAUUUCAGCUGAACGUUACUGAAUACUACUCAAGUGAACGAAACAAAACACUCAUCACCAUUCAAAGUUGUUUUAGGUACACCAGAGAUUUCCCAAAAGUCAGCGGGACUGCUGUUUUAGAGAUAGAAAUUCCAACAGGUUAUUUUUUGGUGGAAUCGGAGGCUGUGAAAAUUGCUGAGUCUGGUAUUCACCCCACUCUACGAAAUGCUCUGUCAGUAGAAGGCAAAACCGUAUGGUUUUUCGAUCAUAUAACAACUGAGUGGACUUGUUUCAACCACACUGUCUCUCGCUGGUUUCCAGUGGCAAACAUUUCACUUUUUCGACAGGCAAUCUUGUACGAAUCAUUAGCUAGAGAGCAUUUUGUGCAUGCACUGUUUAAUUCAACGCCUCUUUUCCUAUUAAGUAUCUGUGAAGUUUGUGGCUCCUAUCAGUGCCCAUACUGUCCAUUUUAUAACAAUGCUGUCCAAAUGCAUAUUAGCCAUUUAAUUUUGUUGGUAGUAAUUUUUAAUUUAUUGAAACAAGUUUUGAAAUAAAGCCUUUGUCAGAAAA